AUGGCGUCCACAACCGGAACUUCGCACGAAAACAGCUCUCCCGCUGAACUGGAGCGCACUGGGGAGAAGGCAGCAUCGAGAUCGCCCAGCCCGCCUCGUCGGAGUGCAUCCAGAAGUCCACCCAGAAUCUCUUCGCCUUUUCAAUCUGGUGAGAAUAGACUCAGACCAGCCGGAGAUAUCAUCAACCGUAUCAACUGGGACUCCGAAUUUAGUCGUGACGACUACAUUAUUGGAUUCGUGGAUCGAUUCGAGGGUCAAUUGGAAGUCAGCAUGAAUGCCUGGAAGAAGGAAACGUCCGAUGAAGAGUUUAUUCCACAGCACCGGGUUUUGUAUAUUCGACAUGUGAAUGGAGAGAUUGUUUGGGACCGUCGGCGUCGCAUCGACAAGAUCUUUUCCAGCGGCAACUCAGCAUUUAGCGAACUGGCGUUUCUGCAGUGA